AAGGGAAAAAAGAGGCGGAAUUGCCCUUUAACGCGUCCACCAAUGGCAGACCGCGUUACAUCUCGCCCGCCUGCGUUCUAGCCAAUCACCGGCGAGUUUCCUCUCGGGCUCCGUGUGGCUCGUGUCAUCGGUGCGUGUCCGCGUGUGCGUUUCACCUUUCAACGGCUGAGGACCGCGUCGACUCCGCCGUGAAAGUUCCGCCGGGAUAAAGCAGCGAAACGGUCGCCGUCAUGGCUAAGAGGCGUCGCUGACCGCGGACCUGCGGUCUGAGAACAGGGCACGGACAGAUGUGGAGGAGUGAGGAGAAAUCCCAGCCUGCGGCGCAUUCGUGGUCACUGCCAGUGUUCUCUGCUGGACUCAAUCUAAUUAUGUCUUAAUGAACCCUCUUGAAUUUUAAGACGUGGAUUCCCUCGCCCCGGGUUAGCAGCUGCCCCCCCCCUCCCCACCAGCGCUCUAUUUUAUGUCCUGGUUCCCCACGGCUACGCGCGCAACCAUGAGAAACAAAAUGAACUUCCUGCUGGGCUGCGUCCUCCUCUGCUCCGUCUUGCUGCUCUACCUGGGCAUGAACGGGAUGGACUGUCCCCGGAAAAGCCACCGCCACCGAUGGAUGGAGCUCAACAUGGCCUCGGGCAACCAGAGCGUCCCGCUGACCGAGCACCUGCCCGAGGACACGCCCCUCAUCUUCAUCGGCGGCUUCCCCCGCAGCGGCACCACGCUGACGCGCGUGAUGCUGGACGCCCACAACGCCGUGCGCUGCGGCGAGGAGACGCGGGUGAUCCCCCGCCUCCUCGCCAUGAGGGCCACCUGGAGUCGCUCGGUGAAGGAGAGGAUACGGCUGGACGAGGCCGGCGUCACGGACCAGGUGCUGGACGCGGCGGUGCGGGCCUUUCUGCUGGAGGUGAUAGUCGGACACGGCGAGCCGGCGCCCCGCCUUUGCAACAAGGACCCGUUCGCCUUGAAGUCUCUAUCUUAUCUGGCGCGCAUCUUCCCCAAAGCCAAGUUUGUGCUGAUGCUGCGAGACGGACGAGCCACCGUCCACUCCAUGAUAUCGCGCAAGGUGACCAUCUCUGGGUUUGACCUGACCAGCUACAGGGACUGUCUCACCAAGUGGAGCAGCGCUUUGGACACCAUGUUCAGCCAGUGCCAGGCGGCCGGCGAGGCGCGGUGUCUGCCCGUGCGCUACGAGCAGCUGGUUCUCCACCCGGAGCAGGAAAUGAGGCAGUUGCUCCAUUUCCUGGAGCUGCAGUGGGACUCGGCGGUGCUGCAUCACGAGGAGCUGAUCGGGAAGGCCGGCGGCGUGUCGCUGUCCAGGGUGGAGCGCUCCACAGACCAGGUGAUGAAGCCGGUGAACACCGAGGCGCUCUCCAAGUGGGUGGGGAACAUCCCCCCCGACGUGAUCAACGACAUGGCCGAAAUCGCCCCCAUGCUCGCCCGCCUGGGCUACGAUCCUCACGCCAACCCGCCUGAUUACACAAAACUAGAACCCAUGGCGUCUCCUUUCAACCACUUACAGGACCCUUAUUAAGGUUCUCCAGGGAUCCUGUGAAAGAAAGAGAAAACAGCAGCAGCGUCCCUUCACCCCAGCUGAAGGCGGCGGCGGCUCUCUUCUACCCUGCGGACGCAGCUUAAACACGGACGUCCAUCUCAGCCGUGAUCUCGCCUCACGGGGAGGAACUCCUGCGUUGCAUCUGCAGCUUGUAAAUUGAUCUCAAGACUUGUUUACCGUAUCCAAGCGUGCAGGACUGGUGGAGUGUUUGAGUUACAGACUCAUCGAGUAGUUUGAGGCGCAAGUCUCACCUCUUCAUCUCAUAGCCGUGCUGAACUGUUUGACACCGAUUCUCAACACAUCCUGUCACCCCCCCCUUCCCCCACCUACCUGACGGGGUUUCAACAUUUCUGCAAGUUCUUCAUCACAAUGUGAACGUGUCUUUAGAUCAAUAACUCACUCGGUGUUCAUCAGGCAUCGUGACUAUGUAUAUUUUUCAAGAUGUAUCUUUAUUUUCUUAAUAAAUUAUUUUGGUGGACUGCU